ACGGCGACACAUCACCUGCGUUCUCCUCAUUGGAGACUGAGGGCGUUAGGUCAAGUCUCGCUGUCCCGCGUUGCCGUCGAGAUCGGGCGAGGAAGGAGGGAGCAGAGAAGAGGAGACGCGAGGAGAUGAGAGGAGAGGAGAGGGAGAUGGCGGAGGAGAAGGAGUCCACGUCGAUUCCGCUAAGCCAGGCGGUGGAUCCCGAAAACCCCGCCAAAGCGCCCCCAGCUACGCCGAGUUCCUCCACUCGGAAGGCUUGUUUUGCCGUUCUCCAGAGUUGGGUGUCAAAAAAGUUCGUGACUGGAUGUGUAGUUCUCUUUCCUGUUGCAAUCACCUUUUACAUUACAUGGUGGUUUAUUCAGUUCUUUGAUGGUUUCUUCAGUCCACUGUAUAACAAGCUUGGGGUAGACAUCUUUGGCCUUGGAUUCUUGACAUCUUUGCUAUUCAUAUUCUCGAUUGGAAUUUUUGCCUCAUCAUGGCUGGGAGCAACUGUUGUCUGGUUGGGAGAGUGGUUUAUCAAAAGAAUGCCCUUUGUACGUCACAUUUACUCGGCAUCAAAGCAAAUUAGCACCGCAAUUUCUCCAGAUCAAAACACCACCGCUUUUAAAGAGGUUGCAAUUAUUCGCCAUCCGCGUGUUGGAGAGUAUGCUUUUGGUUUCAUCACAUCAUCCGUAGUUCUUCAGAAUGACAAAGGUGAUGAAGAGUUGUGCAGUGUUUAUGUGCCUACCAACCAUCUAUAUAUUGGAGAUAUAUUCUUGGUCAACUCGGAAGAAAUCAUCAGACCCAACCUCUCUGUCCGAGAAGGCAUAGAGAUUAUUGUUUCCGGUGGUAUGACAAUGCCGCAGACAAUUGCUCCUUUAGAAACGCCUCCCCGCAAAAACCAUCAAAGCAUCAGAUUGAACAGAAUACCAAGUUAAUGUAGGUCAAGUGCAUGUCAAGCCAUUCGGCUGCUGGUUAAUCAUACCAAGCCUUUAUAAUGCUUGGCUCAAUGGUUGAGCCAAUGCUACAGAAGAAUUGGUUUAUGGUGCCACGGGAGCAUAUCGAUGAACUUAGCCUGCAUUUUGUAUAAUGAGACCGCAUUGGCCACGUUUGAUUCAACACUACUUAUUCUAUUAUUCAAUUGUCCUUCGCCACCUGAUAUUCUCGCCUAGUACAAUUUCUAUAAACUCUUGCUUCUUAAUUAUUCCGUGUUUAGUAAGAUGAAUCGAAUUUGAACAGAAAUAUCUAAAUUUAA